AUGCGGUUCUCUUCUAUCUCCAUACUCGCCGCCAUCCUCACCAUCUCAUAUCAAGUCUCGGCUGCGCCAAUACCCUCGUCAACAACGCCCGCCAACAGCAUUGUGCAACUCCCUGCCUCGUUCCCCUACAAAGUCAGCGGACCCACUCCCGCAUCGCUGAACCACCCUGGUCAAGUUCUUGAUAGCUGUACUCGCCCCAACUCUUAUGCGAUCUCGUUUGAUGAUGGUCCUGGGCAAUUGACGGAUGAAUUGCUGGAUUAUUUGGAUGAGCAGCGGAUCAAGGUGACCUUCUUUAUGAACGGCGACAACUGGAACUGUAUUUACCGCCCAGAGUCGCAGCGUCUACUGAAACGCGCUUUCAAUGCCCAGCAUCAGAUUGCAUCCCACCCCUGGUCGCACCGUAAUCUCGAGACACUCUCCGAACGAGAGAUCCGCCAAGAGAUGUAUAAGAUCGAGGAUGCUUUCCGGGACAUCCUUGGAGUUGUACCCAAGUAUAUGAGACCCCCCUAUGGCGAACACUCAGAACGCGUUCGCAAGAUCAUGGAGAGUAUGGGCUAUGUUAUGAUCCUCUGGGAUGUCGAUCAGAUUACUUCAUCAUCCUCUUCCUCCGACAAGAUCGUGGAAGAUUCUUCGUCGCUGACCCAGAGCGGGGAUCGCAACUACCACAACCAGCAGCCCAUGGGCUCUGGCUCCUCUUCAACGUCGUCGCAGAGUCAUCAGCCCAAGACAGAAUUCUCGUCAAAGUGGGCGGAGGCCGUCCGCGGUGUGCCCUCGAUGGCAUUGGACCGCGAUGCGAUGAUGAUGGGUGGUAUCUACCAAGAGGCGACCAGCGUUUGGGCGGUCGAGUAUGUGCAGUCGUUGGGAAUGGACAUCAUGCCUGUCGGUGCCUGUAUGGGUGAAACCGAUCCCCGCCUCUGGUACAACGAGAUUUCAGAGCCAGCAGAGACCAACUCUCUUCCCUCCACCUGCCACAACUACUAA